AUGAUUAGUAUUUUAAUGAAAUUAAAUAUCUUUUUAACAUAUUUGAGUUGUACCAAUGAAAAUAACUUAAAUUUUGUGAUUGAAACUGAUAGAGGAAUAUGGGAUGAGAGAUAUUUUUCUUAUUUAAUUUAUAGAAGAGAAUGUCUAAAAGACCUAAAUUUUCUAAUAGAUUCAGCAAUUAAUUUAAUUAAAGACAUAAAGAAAGAAAUUGAUACUGUAGAUUUAAAUGUUUUUCAAAAAAAUGACUUGCAAAUAUAUGAGUUGCAACAAGAAAAAGAAAAACUAGAUAAAACAUUAAGAAGUGCAUUUGAUUGUAUUAUUAAAGUAAAUGAAAAAAUAAGAUUUAUAAAUGAAAAUUUCGAAUUUUUAGAUGAUUCAGAGAAAGAGAAAUUUAAUAUCUUAAAAAAAGAAUUUAUAAAUUGCCAAAAUAGAAUAAACAGUUUAAAUACAUAUUUAAUUCGUUAA